UAUGAAAGAGGACAUGAAAAAUAAUUGAACAAAUCUCGCUGCUUCGGCUUCUUCCGGCGAGAGACGCGGUCGUUCAAACAAAUACACGGCCGCUGCGCAAGUUCGCGGAAAGCCGGUCGGUCAUGGAGGCGAUGAGGCACGCCUCCACUUUCCUUCGCUUUCCUGCGCCGCCCGACAUCAGCUCGCCUUCCUACGCGCUCGUCGUUCUAAACCAGCGCCUCCCUCGAUUCGCGCCCGUACUUUGGAGCCACGCAAAGCUCCGUGUUUUUGCCGAUGGAGGGGCGAAUCGUGUGUAUGACGGCAUGCCCAAUUUAUUCCCUGAGAUAGAUCCGACGGAAGUGCGGCACAGGUACAAACCAGACAUAAUUAGGGGUGACAUGGACUCAAUAAGAAAAGAAGUGAAGGAAUUCUAUGUUAACCUGGGUGUCAAAGUAGAGGAUGUAUCACAUGACCAGGCCACCACAGAUCUACACAAAUGUGUUAAUUAUGUUUGUGAUUCCGUGGACGAAUUGGACAAGUCAAAUCAGGUUUCUAUUUCACGCCCUAUUGUUUCUAUACCACGCUCUAUCUCGUCAACUGAUCAUGGCUCAGUUCUCUGAUGGAAAAAUUCCAAUCGACUAUGUUGUAAUGCUAGCAUGACUCACGCGUUUGAUGAGAUAAUGGUUAGAUAUGUUGAUGAUAAAAGCGGAAAAGUAGAUGGUUGAAGAAUUCUAAUCAACUGCCACGGAUCGAGCAACAAAACAAUCAAACCAAAAGCUAUAAAAGAAGUUAGAGCGGGAUUGAAGGCUAACAUUCUUGGAGACAUUCUAAGCAAAUUCUCAAGAUCUGUUGUGUAAUCCUUUAGUUUCGCUUAUGUAAUCAUUCUCAAGUGUAAGACUUUCUUUGUCCAUCUUUGACAUUCCUAGACCUAUUCUAGGCAUGCGCCUAUCUUUCUUGGAUUACUUACCUAGGCCCUUUUUCA